UCCAUUCACUUAUUUAAAUAGUAAUUGUACAAGUGUAAUUCACAUUAAUACACACUACAAGACAACGAUGAGACUUCACGAUGUUGUCGCCGGCUUUGGUCUUCUGCUUGUUUUAAACACAGCAUUGUCCGAAGCAAACCUUGGAAACAUUGCUAACUCCCUAAAAGUUGGUUACGAUGUUGGACGUAAUGGACUUCCGUUAGACCUCGGUCCAGGACAGAGAAUAACAACAUACUUAGCAAACAUUACAUUGGAGAAUAUCGGAAAGACUCCUAUAAAUCCAGACGGAUGGAGUCUAUACAUGUGUCAUGAAAAGCUUAUACAUCCAAUGUUUUAUAAUAUAUCUGGAUUACAGUUCGCUGGUGGUGGUCUCAUAUUGCCAGGCAAUGUUACUGUUAUACAUAUUAAAGGUUGCAUGUUUAGUUUCACUCCGUACUUAGGAGAAGAUCCCAGAUUCAAAGCCCAACCUAUUGAACCUGGACAAACUCUUAUUAUUCCAAUAGUUGCAAGUGAGUUCUUAGUGAGUAGAUACUCUGUGUAUCCAAACUGGUAUAUUGCUAACAGAAGUCACACAAACCUUAUUCCUAAUACAAUGGAUAACGACCGGAAGUUUGUCGGUCCGUUCGAACAUAACAUUCAGUACACUCGAUACAUUAACGAUUUAGAUAGUAUCAAGUUAUCUCCAAUUGACCGAUAUCGAGGAUAUAGAUUUUUAAGCAAACCGGAAACUAAAUCUGAAAUUUUACCAACGCCAUUUAAGAAAACUGAAAACACGGGAUCAGUAAGCGUAAAUGGAAACUGGUUAAUUGAUUAUAAUGGAGUUCGAAAUUUGGCAAAUAUAGCAACAUACCUGCAAAGUAGUAUUAAGGGCGAGUCUGGUUUGUCACUUAGAUUGAGCAAUGUUGCAGAUGGAACACGUAAAGUAAUACAGAUCCUUCUAAGCAAACCCGCGGCUUCUACAAACCCUGAGGCAUAUACGUUACAAGUCAAUCCAAAUAAUGAAAGAAUUGUUAUCAAUGGAUUUUCUAAUGCAGCUGUUAUCAAUGGUAUAAACACAUUAAGAAGUUUGCUUGCCGGUGGGAGAACCAUUAAAAGUAUGACAAUUAAUGAUUAUCCCAGAUUCUCAUAUCGAGGACUCGAAUUGGAUCUCGCCAGUAAUUAUUUCCCGCCAAGUACCGUCAAAAAGGUCAUUGAUGUCAUGGCCCUUUACAAACUUAAUAAACUGGUGUUAAUUCUUGGUGAGGAAAAUGGUUGGAGGAUAGAAAUACCAGAGAUUCCUUCUCUCACUAAGAUUGGUAGUAAACGAUGUCACGAUCCAUCAGAGGACAGCUGUCUCUUUUCACAAUUAGGAUCAAAACCAGAUGGCACCGACGGAGGAUAUUUAACUGUUCAGAAUUACCAAGAUCUUAUUAAAUAUGCAGCUGUCCGAAAUAUUGAAAUAAUACCACAAAUACAUAUGGGAGUAAAAGCAAGAGCUGCUAUAAAGUCUAUGAGGGUACACACAAUGACAACUAAAGAUAAGUCCAUGGUGUUACAAGAUCCGACUGAUAUCCCUAGAUAUAUGACAUCAACAUUGUAUUCUGACUCAGCAGUCAACCCAUGUCUACCAAAUGAAUCCACUGAGAAAUUCUUUGAAUUUAUUUUAACAAAGCUGAAAAAGUAUCAUGAGAGCGCAGGCGUCCCGCUAAAAUACAUCCACGUUGGUGGAGAUGAUAGUCCUCCUCCUGCAUGGCUCAACUCCACACAUUGUCAACGUUUACUUCACUUAGAAAAGGAAGACUUGUACCUAGAACUUAAAGUGAAUUACAGUAUGGCUUUGGGAGAUAUAGCAACCAAACAUGGCGUAGGUUUGAUAAGUUUAGAGGAAUUCUUCAUGGCAUGGCCAUCACGUUUAGGGCCACCAAGGAUUGUACCAUUCCUGACUCCAUUCAGCAGAACCAGAUUUGGAAACUCCAGCGAUAUUAUUAGUAUCUCUACAACUAUUAAUCAAUUCCCACAAAGACGACGACCUCAACUGAUGGCCAACAGUGGUUAUAAGGUUAUUCUGCAACCAUCUGACUACACAGCCUUACAGUUUGCAGCAGAGCCGGACUCUGAAAUGCCUGGUGAAUAUGAUUCUAGAACACGAUUCAUCAAUGCCACAAAAGUCUUCAACUUCCUGCCCGAAAAUCUGUGCUGUAAUUUUGAACUUACAGACGCUGGAUCGUUUGGCUGCACAGUCCCGGAUCAAUGUGAACCACUAACAGAAAAAGACAAUGUUUUAGGUAUGCAAGCAUCACUUAGCACAAGGUUUGUAAAAGACGAGGAUACUUUGUUUAAAUUGUUGUUACCACGACUGAUACCAUUUGCUGAGAGAGCAUACCACAAAGCGGCAUGGGAAAACACUUAUCUACCUCCUAAACAGAUAUUUAACCCUCAGACUGGACCGGAAGUCGUAUUUUCAAAACCAGAUCUCGUUGCACGUGACGAAGAUUGGACACGUGUUGCCAGUAUCAUAGGAAAUAAAGAAUAUCCCCGAUUGGUUAAUGUUUUGAAUAUUAAACCAAACGUACUGCCACCUGGUGCCAAAAAGGAAAAAAUGGGAACAAAAGAAUUAUUACGAGUUGACACAUCUUACCCUGGUCUUACUCCGCAAAUAAAGAGUUCCCUGGCAGACUGGAGUAACAUCAAAAACACAACCGACGUCACUACUCUCAAACUCAAAGACUUUCAAAUGCGAACAUUGUUAAAUGGCAAGCAGAACAGAAGACUUGAGAGCAUUGAGCAGACGAUGCCGUUAGUCUAUCUGAGUUUAAAACAAGAAAUCCUGGGUAAUGUCACCAAAAUCCGUAGAGAGAUGGAAUUAGAACGGCAGAGACAAAUGCAGGCAGCACAAGCAAUGGAGUUCAGAAGGCGACAAGCUAUGAUGCAACAGCAACAACAAGCCAGUCAAUUUGCCAGAGCACAGAUGGGUGGUACGAAUCAAUUCAAUCAGUUUGGAAUGCCUCAACAACCAGCUCAGCAAGCAGGCGCCACAGGUGUAACCAAUCAACAGACAGCUGGGACGGCCACACAAGCUGCAGGAACACCGGUACAACAACAGUUUAAUCCUACCGGGUAGAAAGUUGUCACGACUUCUUCAUUCUAAAAUGACUAUAGUGAACAAUAAACGGCGUUUCUACAAAUGUGUUGAACUAGCCAUGGUCUUUCUGCCGUCCAUCCAGAUUUUAGCAUACGGCUUUGUGAAUGUGUCUUACUUUUUGAUAAAUAAAACUAACUUAUUUUGUUUA